AUGCGCCACGGGAGGCAGAGGGGAGACUUCUUUGUACUCCGUCAAAGAACUAGUGCUACGGUGUCGCUGUGGGAGCAAAGUUGGAGCGCUCGCCAGCAUCGCCAAGGAGGCGAGGCGGUGACACCCAUAAAUGAGAGAUGCGCCCGUCCGUCCAGCAAAAGGGUGAAAACGAACAGGAUCUUGAUUACAGCGCGGUACAAACCUCGCCUCGCCGCUCCAUUAGUGAAAGAG